AUGAAGUCUCUAUAUUCUCAGCUCAGUUCUCUGCUGCCUCAACAAAAUUCUAUGAAAGUAGUAUCUCUGCCAGAUCAGCUAGGAGAAGCAACGAAUUACAUUAAAAGACUGCAGAUUGAUUUAGAGAAAAUGAAGCAGAAGAAGGAUCGCUUUAAUGGCGUGGGAAAUUGCAUUAGUUCAACAAUGGGGGGACUGAAAUUACCACACGUUGAGAUUCAUGCAACGGGUUCAGUCAUGGAGGUCACUUUAAUAACUGGUUUGGAUUGUCAAUUUAUGUUCACUGAAAUUAUUCGUAUGUUUCAUGAAGAAGGUGCUGAGGUCCUCAAUGCCAGUUUUUCUAUCCAAGAUGAUACCAUUUUACACACAAUACAUUCAAAGCUUGAAGAGUCGCCUGCAACAGAAGAUGAAGCUUCAAGGAUAUCGGAGAUGCUAAAGAACACAUCAUUGGAAGCUUCAGCUAUAUCAAUGGCUUCUCUUGUUCUUCUAUUAUCUGAGCUUCUUCGACAAGAAAAUCCCGAAUACUUAAUGCAAUUAUCGUCCUGUCCUUCUUCUUCUUCUUCUUCUUCUUCGACCAAUGCAGUUUCUACAUAUUCGACAACCAGAAGGGUUGUAAAAAAGUCGUCGAGAAGUUGGCCUAAUGACUGCAGCAGAAAUGCCAAGGAUAAAUUUCAAGAUCUUUCUAGGGUUUAUGUUGAGCUAGUUUGA